AUGGCUGAAUUCGUGCGAGCCCAGAUCUUCGGGACCACCUUCGAGAUCACCUCCAGGUACUCAGACCUCCAGCCUGUCGGCAUGGGAGCGUUUGGUCUGGUCUGCUCGGCUAGAGACCAACUCACCAACCAGAAUGUUGCCAUCAAGAAGAUCAUGAAGCCCUUCAGCACCCCCGUUCUGGCAAAGAGGACCUACCGUGAGCUGAAGCUGCUUAAGCAUCUCAGACACGAGAACAUCAUCUCGCUCAGCGACAUCUUCAUCUCGCCGCUGGAGGAUAUCUAUUUCGUCACUGAGCUGCUGGGCACCGAUCUACACCGCCUGCUUACCUCCAGACCUCUGGAGAAGCAGUUCAUCCAGUACUUCCUGUAUCAGAUCAUGCGUGGCCUGAAGUACGUCCACUCCGCUGGUGUCGUGCACCGUGACCUAAAGCCUAGCAACAUCCUGGUAAACGAGAACUGCGAUCUCAAGAUUUGCGACUUCGGUUUGGCCCGUAUCCAGGACCCCCAGAUGACGGGUUACGUGUCGACCAGGUACUACCGCGCUCCCGAAAUCAUGCUCACAUGGCAAAAGUAUGACGUGGAGGUCGAUAUUUGGAGUGCAGGCUGCAUUUUCGCCGAGAUGCUCGAGGGCAAGCCUCUUUUCCCGGGCAAGGACCACGUCAACCAGUUCUCCAUCAUCACUGAGCUCCUUGGAACCCCACCUGAUGAUGUUAUCAACACGAUUGCGAGCGAAAAUACUCUGAGAUUCGUCAAGUCCCUACCCAAGCGAGAGCGGCAACCUCUGGCGAGCAAGUUCAAGAAUGCUGAUGAGCAAGCUGUUGAUCUGCUGGAGCGUAUGCUGGUGUUCGACCCCAAGAAGCGGAUAACGGCCUCGGAUGCACUGGCCCACGAGUACCUCGCUCCCUACCAUGACCCCACGGACGAGCCCGUUGCCGAGGAGAAAUUUGACUGGAGCUUCAACGAUGCUGACCUCCCCGUCGACACGUGGAAGAUCAUGAUGUACUCGGAGAUUCUCGACUACCAUAACGUGGACGCGAGUGGUGCUUCAGCUGCCAUGGGGGAGUUCAACGGCCAAUAAUAGAGACAAUCAGUCGAGGCGGCUCAAAGGCGUUUUUGGAAGUUACUAGUGGCGCACAGUACCUGGCGAUGACAUUCACCAUUGAUACCAGAAGAAAGAACAAGGAAAGGUGUAUAUUUGAGGGCCGAGGGAUGCAAGAGAAAUACAUGAAUAAAUGCAUCAGGUGCAAGAACAUGAUUUGUGG